AUGCCUCGAGGAGCCGAGUACGCUGGCGAACCGCCCCAAUCCGACAACCCCGUUGAGAACGGAAAGGAUAUCAUACACGGAGGAGAUGGAAAGCCCACGUCAGAAGAAGAGAUCCCGAGAGCCGGCAAAACGGCGGCUCUGCCCGAAGGUCUGAACGAAGUUCAUGAUGGCGUUCACAGUGGAGGUGGAAGCAGAGGAGCACCUGCAGGCGGCCAUGGAAAACCAGGACAUGAACCCAAGACUCUCGGGUAG